AUGCUUGACCAAGAAGAAUGGCGCCAGAUUGAGUAUCUUCUUUGGAUUACUCAACCAUUCUUUAAAUUUACUACCGCGCUUUCUCAAACAAAAGAUGUGAUCUUCCAUGUUAUCUUCAGUAUCUACAAUAAACUUUUUGAUCAUCUUGAAGUAUCAAUCUGUCGGCUUCAGCGGAAGAAAGUAGCCUGGAAGAAGCUUAUGCUUAGUGCUCUACAUGCAGCAAAGGAGAAGCUAUCUGUCUACUAUAGGGAAAUAGAUAAGGUCUAUGGUGAUCUGUUUGCAAUUGGGACAAUCCUUGCACCGCAAAACAAGCUUCAGUUCUUUAAUAAUAAGGAUUGGGGUCCUGAAUUACGUCUAUAUAAGGAACGCUUGUCAGCUACACAAGGCUCUCCACAGAUACCUUCUUUAGGUGUCCAGACAUCAAAGAUUGAUGCGCUUUUUGCUCCUGAUUUUAAUCAAUUAGUGAGUAGUGACGAGGCUACACAGUACCUUGAGAGUGAAAUGGCCCCAAUUGCUCCACGGACAUUCUGGAAAGAGCAUGAACACAAAUUUCUAGCUCUUGCAAACAUGGUACAUGAUAUACUCUUAAUACCUGCCACUGGCGCUGGUAUUGAGCGGCUUUUUAAUUCUACUCGAGAUCAAGCACUUGAUGAAGAGAAAGAUGCUCAACAGCUUCAAGAUACUCUUGAGCCAAUCAGUGAUAAUGAAGAUGAUGGCCUGGAGAUUAGUAUAGACCAACUGGCUACUCAACAGCUAUCUAAGCGUGCUCAGGGCACGAGACGAAUGAGUAUGGUGUCAAAUGGGGAGCAAGAGUACUAG